AUGCUUUCAAAGGCUUUUGGUGUCUGGUCCAAGCAAAAAACAGUGUGUUCCGAAUUUUUGGUCUCAUCAUCAAAAAGUAGUUUGAAAAAGGCCAUCCUUGAAGAAUGUUCAAGUUCUCGGAAUAGAAGUUUUCAUCAUCAAGAAAUUCAUCAAGCAAAACAGAUAUCGAAUAUUUCUGUGGAUAGUUCGAAAUUUCGACAGAAUUAUUCUUCAAGUCCUUCUUCUCCUAUGGAUGAGGAAACAAAAUCUCGAGCUGCUCAAACCCAAAUUCCUCUCAUUGACAUACCCUUCCGUAUAUCGGAACAAUACAAUAUUCCUCCAGAUAUCUCAAACGCAAUUUUAUACAAACUCAAUUCGUAUCAAAGAAAGCAUGAUGUAAAGAUUUUACACUGUGUUGAAACAGGAAGUAGAAGUUAUGGAUACAGUUGUGAUGCAACAUCAGAUUUUGAUAUUAGACUAAUUUUUGUGGGUCGGACAUUGGACUAUUUGAAAUUGAAAAACAAUUUUCCAGAAUUUAGAUCCAACAGAGACGAAAGAAUACCAGAGGCAUUACAGCACAUAUUUAGAUGCGAUUCAAACACUGUGAGAAGUAUAGAUAUUGUUGGUUGGGAACUCAGAAAGGCUUUAGCCAUGACACGAAAAGCGAAUCCAUCCAUAAUAGACGUACUAGCAUCCAAGCAUGUUCUUGCCGUUCAAACCUCAUUGUUGGACAAAUGGAAGUCUAUUGCUGCCCAAGUCAUUCACAACAGACCUCACCUAUUUGCCUAUUCGAAGCUUUCAACCGCAAAAAAGAAUUAUUUCACACUCACUCAGCCAAAAGUCCCAAAUACCAACAGAUACUUGGAUGUCAAAAAAACCCUCAUGAUCAUUCAUCUAAUACUGAAUGUGAACAUUCUUGAAUGGAUAUAUUUGAUCAAUUCAACUCAAACAAAUGUAGUUCAUCCACUUGACGAUUUAGCAGGAGUUAAUUUUCAUGAACUAUUUAGCAAAUUGAGGAAAUUGAGAACACUGGAGAUUGAAAAAGAAAUUGAAGAGCUCGUAGCUUUGAGGCAACAAGCCCCAUCAACUCCUUUGUCUAAUAUGCUUUCUGGAAAGCGUAUUGACUCGUGGAUGCAGUAUGAAUUAUCUCGUCUUGAGAUUGUAGCCAAUCAACUAAGAGAAUUCUUCACUUAUGAUGAACAACCCAUUAUCGAGGCAUUGGACACUCUUUUCUUGGAAAUUUUAGCUGAAUCCGAACCAUCCUCUCAAUUGGGAGCAACAGUAAAGUAA